AUGAAGUUAUUUCUCUCCUUAUUCAUUUUCUUCACCACAAUUUUAUCACAUAAUGUCCUUUUACAACCAUAUGGAAAACAAUGCUUUUUUGAAACUUUAAAAAAAAAUGAUGAAUUAGCAAUAUCUUUUCAAGUUGGAUCAAGAGAUCCUCAUAAUUCAGAACAAUAUGAUAUUGAAUUUUAUAUUACAUCACCACAAGGUCAAAUAUUAUUAAAAAGAUCUAAAAUAGAUCAUGGAGAUGAACAAAUAAAAGCUCAACAAAAUGGAAAAUUUCAAUAUUGUUUUUCAAAUGAACAAAGUAGUAGAGUUGAUUUAGAUGUUAGUUUUAAUAUUCAUGGUGUCGUUUAUAUUGAUGCAAAUGAUCCAAAAUCAAAUACUUUAGAUUAUGCUAUUCAAAGAUUAAGUCAAUUAACUGAUGAAGUUAAAGCUGAACAAGGUUAUUUAGUUAUUAGAGAAAGAACUCAUAGAAAUACUGCUGAAUCUACAAAUUCAAGAGUUAAAUGGUGGUCAGUUUUUCAAAUUUUAGUUGUUGCUGUAAAUUCAUUAUUUCAAAUUUAUUAUUUAAAGAGAUUUUUUGAAGUUAAAUCAGUUGUUUAG